AUGCAGGCUUCCGAGGGGGCGGGACCCGGCGCGCUGCUGCUAACGGCGGCGGCGGCGGAGGAGGAGGCGGCAGCAGCAGCGGUGGCGGCGCCGGGCGAAAGCGGGGAGCGGCGGGCGGCUGCGAGCCCCGGCGGCGGGAUGGCGGCGCGGCGGAGGCGGCAGGAGGAGCCCCGGGGCGGGGGACGGGGGGGCGCCGGGGAUGCUGCAGACCACGAGCCCGGAGGAGCCCCCUCGGCCGCCGACUUCAGGUGCCACAGACUUCAGGAUUCCCUGCUCAGCUCGGCCAGCGGCUAUAGCAACUACCGGGGAAUCUUGAACUGGUGUGUCGUCAUGCUGGUCCUGAGCAACGCCCGCCUCUUCCUGGAGAAUCUCAUCAAGUACGGCAUCUUGGUGGACCCCAUCCAGGUCAUCUCCCUGUUCCUGAAGGACCCCUAUAGCUGGCCCUCCCCGUGCCUUGUCAUUGCGGCCAAUGUGUUUGCGCUGGCGGCUCUGCAAAUAGAGAAGAGGCUGGCCACGGGCUGCUUGUCCGAGCGCAGCGGGGCCGUCCUGCACACCGUCAACCUCCUGACGAUCUUGUGCUUCCCGGCACUCGUGGUGCUGGCGGUGACGUCAAUCACUCCAGUCGGGGCCGUGUUCACUCUGGCCGUCCACACCAUCCUCUUCCUCAAGCUCUUCUCCUUCAAGGACGUGAACAGCUGGUGCCGGCAGAGGCGGCCGGCCAACGGGGUCUCCACACAUUCCAGCUCCGCUUCCGGGGUACAGAAAGCCAAUGGGGACGUAGCCCCGAACAGAGUGUCUUACCCGGCAAACCUGACCCACCGAGACCUGUACUACUUCCUGUUUGCGCCCACUCUGUGCUACGAACUGAAUUUCCCUCGUUCCCCCCGGAUCCGGAAGCGCUUCCUUCUGCGCCGGCUCUUUGAGAUGCUCUUCUUCCUUCAGCUGCUCAUAGGACUGAUUCAGCAAUGGAUGGUCCCCACCAUUCAGAACUCCAUGAAGCCCUUCCGGGACAUGGACUAUUCCAGGAUGAUAGAGCGCCUCCUGAAGCUGGCUGUCCCCAAUCACUUGAUCUGGCUCAUCUUCUUCUACUGGUUCUUCCACUCCAGUUUGAAUGUGUUAGCAGAAGUCAUGCAGUUCGGAGACAGGGAGUUCUACCGAGACUGGUGGAACUCUGAAUCCGUGACCUAUUUCUGGCAGAACUGGAACAUUCCCGUCCACAAAUGGUGCCUGAGGCACUUCUACAAGCCCAUGAUCAAGAGGGGUGUCGGGAAGUGGACCGCUCAGACGGGCGUGUUCUUGGCUUCCGCCUUCUUCCAUGAGUACCUGGUGAGCGUGCCCCUGAAGAUGUUCCGGCUGUGGGCUUUCAUGGGCAUGAUGGCUCAGAUCCCGCUGGCCUGGUUUGUUGGACGGUUCCUGCAGGGCAACUACGGCAAUGCCGCUGUGUGGAUCACCCUGAUCAUCGGGCAGCCAGUGGCUGUCCUGAUGUACGUGCAUGACUACUACGUGCUGAACUACGAAGGGAGGCAGUGACCAGGGGGGCCCUCCCUCUCUUCUGUCCUGCCCGCUUCCUCCUGGUGCCCGGUUGGCUGGCAGGUGAGGGCAGAACAGCCCCGUUUCCCUGCUCUUUCAUGGGAGCCUCUCAACUCACCAGCGUGGGCAGAGAUGUUGCGGUCACCGUCUUUGUCCUGGGAAGUUGCCUUGUGUGUGGACUUUUUUGUGCCUGCGUGUGUGUCUGUGUGAGAGACGGCUGCUUGCCAGCCCCUCUGUGCGUAAUUGCUGGAUCAAUGCAAUAGCCUCCAAAGACUGGCUCUUGGCUGGCUUCGGCCGACUCUCCCCCCCCCCCCCCCCCCGGGGCUUGGGAGCCAGUCACCGAGGGGUAGAGAUCUCCUGCCUGCUGAAUCCGUCUCAUCGGAAUUGGAAGGUUGGAUUUAACUCCGUCCAGUAGGGGGGUGGGAUCAGGUGGGGGGGAAGCUUGUAUUUCCUUUCUGAGGGAAUGUGAACUUCAGCCAGGAGCCUAGUGCCCCUAAGAGGCCCUGGGCUCAGCACCCCAAGGGAUACUCUUUCCCCCUUUCCCCCCACUUGGUGCUGUUCCUGAAGCACUUUAAAGGUCCCUAGGUUCUCACCGGACAUCCUAUCAAAGCGGUUUUCUGCCAGCUCUUCCGGGAUACUUCUCUUUGGUUGGCCUUUGCCCCAAGGCCUUGUGGGAAAUGGGUACUGUCAGGCUCAAGGGGACCCCGUGGGCAGUUCUGGUACUGCCUUGAGGGCCGGGGUCUCGCAGGCCUCGUCUGAAUUCCGUCCUGGGUCGGGAGAGCUGUCUUCGUUCUUUGCGCUACUACAAUCCGCCCUGGUCUCGUGAGAGCUGAGCUCGGCAGUCCCUGGCAAACACUCCACCCCCUCCCGGGCAGCUGCCAUUGUUUUGUGGUGGUCCUCCUCUCCUUGUGGUGGCAGCUGUCCUGUGACUCUUCCCGGGGCCGUCCUGAUUGUGUGUGUGUGUGUGUCCUUUCCACGUUUGGUCACCUUAGCAACUUUUGUAGACUUUGCAGUCUGUAUCGGCCCAGUACCAAGUGAUUAAAGCAUAUUUUCCGAA